AUGUCCUCCCAGAAUGGUCUUGUCUGCUUCACGAACUGCUUUUUGCCUCAGGAAGACGGGUCGUUGUUAGAAAAGGACCUGUGGAUCGAUGAACGUCGGGGCGUCAUCUUGGAUGCUCAGAAAACUUUUUUUUCGAGGAGGGAGAGACCGGACAAGGUUAUUGACCUUGGUGGGAACAUCUUGAGGCGAGUGAACAUGGUCCCAGAACUACCAGGAGUGAUUCUACCAGAUUUUAACGUAUCUUCCAGUCCUGGUCUUAUCGACAUACAAAUUAACGGUGCCUACGGAUUCGACUUUUCUGUCUUCGAUGGUGACGAUGAUGUCUACCAAAGUAAUCUCAAAGACGUCGCAGAGAGAAUUGUCGAGACCGGUGUAACUUCAUUCGUUCCUACUCUUAUUACACAAGAACGGUCAGUAUAUCCCAAGAUCUUGCGUCUUCUUCGUCCUUUCGCUACUGUUACCUCGGCCACUGUGCUUGGUUGGCAUGCGGAAGGACCUUUCAUUGACAUGGCUAAGCGCGGUGCCCAUGCCCCUUCUUUCCUUGUGUCCGCUCCAGAAGGAAUAAAGUCCUUCGAAGAACUGUAUGGAGCUGAGAACCUUGCUGAUUCCGAGGAUUGGCUCAUGUCCACCGGCUCAGAAAGUGGUGUUAGAAUUAUUACUGCUGCUCCUGAGGUCCCUGGGGUUAUGGGUACUGUAGAGGAAUUGACAAAACGAGGUGUUAUAUUCUCCAUCGGCCAUAGUAUCGCUACUUCUGACAUUGCUAUUGCAGCAGUUCAGCAUGGUGCUCGCCUCAUCACUCAUCUAUUCAAUGCUAUGCCCCAGCUUCACCACCGGGAUCCUUCCAUUAUAGGUUUAUUAGGCGCUUCUCCUCACUUGUACUCUCCGUUUUCACCUAUCACAUCUAAAGCACUUUACACUGGGGACGUCAUGUCGCCCAUUGCUCUUACUCCGAUGAAACCCAACAAGUCUAGCAUCACGGGACUCAAAUCUCCUGUCGGCUCCGAGGCGUUGGAUGAAGUAGAGACGCCUCCACAAACACCAAUAUUCAAAGCUCACAGCGGUAAAAACUCAACCUUGAAAAACACUCAGAGUAUUGCUGGUUUUAGCCUUGACUCCUCGGAGUUUACAAGGCCUUUCUACGAGAUGAUCGUGGAUGGUGUUCAUUCACAUCCCAAUUCCGUUAGGCUGGCUUACUCGAGCUAUCCUGAGGGUUGUAUACUGAUUACCGAUGCGAUGAAGAUUCUGGAUCCCAACCUUCGAGAUGGUGUGCAUGAAUGGCGAGAUGGGAAGCGAUUCGUCAAGGAAGGCGACAAACUUUAUUUGGAAGGGACAGAUACUCUUGCUGGCAGUGUUGUUACCUUGGACAAAUGUGUACGGAAUUUCACUCGGUUCACAGGGUGCACCCUUGCGGAAUCUAUCAAGUGCGCUACGUAUAACCCCGCGAAAUGCCUUGGAAUCGAAAACCAAAAGGGUACUCUUCGAUCGGGUGCUGAUGCCGAUCUGGUUGUAUUCGAUGCUCAGGGCGUGGUACAAAGUACAUGGGUCAAAGGAAAACGAGUUUGGACUCGAUAG